CAGUGAAUAGUUUACUAAUUUUCCCAAUUUUCCACACAAUAAAUUUUAAUCUUAAUUCUUCGGCGAGUGACAGAGUUUACUGUUAUUUUACAGAUUACAAAUUGGCCGAUAAUUUCAAGGAUUGUGUGUAGAUAAUAAGAAAUCAAUGGACGCUUGGUUAAAGGAACGUCUCUCCAAGUACCUCUGCUUUGAGGUACCGGAUGAGAUGAUCGGCUAUAUUCUCACCAUCCGUGGCGCUCAGGAAAUCGACGAGUACUUUAAGACUCUGCUCGAUUUUAAGAACCCGGAACAUCUGGGGUUUCUUAACGAAUUCAAACAACGCUCCCGAAAAAGUCCCUCGGAUGGUCGCAGUGGCAAAGGCCAAAAAGGCAACACUAAAUUCCAGCAGCAAAAUAAGAAACCGGAACCGUCACAGGCACAACGUCAGCAGAAACCUCUCGCAGAACCGGCUCCGGUGCCGGUCGCAGCAACCGCAAGCAGCUCAAUCAAUCAGGGGGCAGUAAAAAAGAAAACCAAAUUCGUAAGCUUAUUCGACCAGGAGGGACGAACAAAUGUUGUUCUUCUUAAGGGACGACACCUGUGCGACUGUCAGGCGUCAAAGCACAAACUGAUAAACAAUUGUCUGCACUGUGGACGGAUCGUCUGCGAGCAGGAGGGAAGUGGACCGUGUUUGUUCUGCGGCGGCUUGGUAUGUACCGACGAGGAACAACGAUUGAUCGAUAGCACCUCGAAGAAGGGUGACAAUUUGAAGCGUACCUUGAUGGAUCAAAAUCGACCAAAAGGCUGGGAGGAAGCUGUGGCGACCCGCAACAGGCUUUUAGAGUACGACCGGAACAGUGAAAAACGAACAACGGUGAUAGAUGACGAGAGUGACUAUUUUAAAACCAAUUCAGUUUGGCUAUCCGAUGCCGAGCGUAAAAAGUUGGAAAAACUGGAAGCGGAGCUGCGGGAGCGGAAGCAUGCCAGUCAAUUGUCCCGGAAAGUGACAUUGGACUUUGCUGGUAGGCAGAUUGUAGAGGAACCGCAACUGACUAUAGAGUUGGAGGAUGAAGUAUUGAAGCAAAUUGCUGAAUCGGUUGUGGAGAAUAAAGAAAAUAAAAGUCGAUUCUCGAAUGGAAAGGUAAACUGCGAUCAAUCUGAUGAUAUUCAUCCAGGAAUUAUAGGAGAGGCACCAACGUUUUUAGAUUCUGUCUCUUCUAAGAAGUUAUUCAAUAAGAAUGCACCUCCCGGUGGUUAUGAUGGUUACUAUAGUAAGGUGCAGGACAAAGAGUUCCUAGAGAUGUCGGAUAUGCAUAAGUGUAUCUCGAUGCACCAGCCAUGGGCAUCACUGCUGGUUGCGGGUAUUAAGCGCCAUGAAGGCCGUACCUGGUAUUCGCCACAUCGUGGCAGACUGUGGAUAGCAUCUACCGUCAAGCCGGUGGAUAUGGAAAUGGUUCAACAGAUGGAGCAUUUUUAUCGUACUCUUUACGAUGACGAAAGCAUUGAGUUUCCCACACAGUAUCCUUCCGGUUGUCUGCUGGGUUGCGUUUCGGUGCAGGAAGUUCUGCCGCAGGAAGAAUACCGCAAAGUGUAUCCCAACGGUGAAUCGGAAAGUCCGUUUGUGUUUGUGUGCAGUGAUCCACAGGAACUGCCGAUUCGGUUUCCAGUAAAGGGACAACAUAAGAUCUACAAUCUUGAUUCCAAAAUUUACCAGGCAGCUGUUAAAUCUCUACAGAGGCUGUCGAAGCUAAAAGCUGAAGAGUAGUGUUACUGAAAGUAUCACUUAUAUUGAAACUUAUUCGUUGAAAUCAACUGUACGAACUAUUUUUUGUUUUUAAUUUCGCAGAAAACAUAAAUUCAACCAAGAACGAUUUGUAGCUUAGUUUAGACUGACUUAUCUUACUUACUUAUUGGUUCAUGUAUGGUUCGGCAGAACAAACGGAUGAACGGUGUGUGUAAGGGUGAAAUUUGGAUUUCGGAAUAUAAAGUGAUCUGGUUUGAGCGUCAUAUGGGCACCCCUGACCUUCCUGAUCCGUGUGGCUAUAUUAAUCUUUGUACCACCAGUGGGCGUAGUUUGGCUACUAAGAUAUUGAAAAAUAGCUCAACAACACUGAAGUUGGUGAGAUUGUCAGUGUUCACUACCAUCAACUUAGUUUUUGCUGCACUGACUGUGAGACCUGCUGCCUGGGAGCUCUCAGAGGGGUCAUCUAGCGUACAUUGCAUAUUACUACGUCUUUGUGCGAGCAAGACAAUAUCAUCGGUUAUGCCAAGGUCAUUUAGCUGCUCCAUCGUCAAAAGGUUCCAAGACAAUCCUUGAUUUGGUCUACUGUUAAUUGUUUCAACUAGUAUCUCAUCCAUCACGAUGAGAAACACCAGCGGUGAUCAAGGCUGUCCUACUCAACACUCGCUGCGCACCACCAAGUGUAGAGUGAGAGUGCGCCGUAAAUACUUAGGAUAGAGCAUUGCUUAGUUCAGCAAUCUUAUGGAUAAUAAUCGACUUUAUAAAUGCCCCAUAUAUAACAUUUUCGAAUUUUGUUUGGCUGAGGUGUUACAGCUAAAAAAGCAAAAUAGGUACACUUAGUGCAGGUCAGCCCCGGCGGUGAUAAUAUGCAGCCUUGUCUCACACAAGCAGUAACCCUUAUAGAAUCGGACAAGACGCCAUUGGGCAACAUUUUGUACGAGAACGUCUCGUACAGAGCCUCGAUCAAAUGGACUAGCUACUCUUCUACGCCUAAGUGAACCCCAGAUGGUUUCGUGAUUGAGUUUUUUGAAAUCAAUCAAAACAUGCAGAAGAGAGUCCUGGAAU